AUGUUAGCCAACGUCAUGACCGUGUUGGGCCUCACGGCUGCCACCCUCACCUCUGCCGCCGUCAUCCCUCCCGUCCGCCGCAGCGAAGCCAUCGCCAUCACCCCUCACGACAAGUACUCGUCCUCCGUAGGAGUUCUCGGCUGCAAAAUCGACAUCAACCGCGUAGCCUACUGGCCCUCGGCCGUCGAUUGCAAUAACAUCUGCGUCCGCGUGACCGCCAACGGCCGCUCCGUUACUCUCCUCAAGAUCGACAGUUCCACCGGCGCCUACGACAUCAGCUACGACGCCUACGCCUACCUCCAGAACGGCGUCGGUGCUGCCGGCGGAGCAGCCCUCGGUGGCGCCGUCGCUGCCACUUACGAAUUCGUCUCGCCCGAGGAAUGCAGGCCGCUUAUCAAGACGCCUGAUGGCAAGCUGCCCUUCACGGCUGCGAACUCGAUGAACUUCAUCAACUCGUGCCAGGGUGGUAGUUGGGUGGGCAACAAUUUCCAGCUUUAUAACGUUGCGGAUGCCCGGUGCCAGUGGGGCGAGGAUGUUCCGUGCAGUUUCCCUGAUUUGGCUGUUACCAACCAGCCGGAUUGUGGUGCGGGACAUGUUUUGGGGAUCCAGAAGGCGUUGCCGGCCGAGUAUGCUGUGGUGGAUAUUCCGUAUCCUAAUUGA